AUGAUGGGAUGAUUCCUGAGUCCUUAAAGGCAACUCUGUCUAAAUGGAAGCCGGAGGAUGUUCGAGAUGCAGAGGAAGGAAUACCAAAGGUAUUAUAUAUCAACCCUAAUGCCUGUAACCCUACUGGAGUGUCCUUUACUGAGGAGCGACGCCGAGAGAUAUAUAAAAUUGCGUCAGACUAUAACCUCAUCAUUCUUGAAGAUGAUCCCUACUACUUUGUACAAUUUGGAGAUAUGAAGGACUUUCCCCCAAGCUUUCUCAGCAUGGACGUUGAUGGACGAGUGUUGAGGUUUGACUCUUUUUCUAAAGUUUUGAGCUCUGGCUUGAGAGUUGGUUAUGUGACAGGACCAAAACCACUGAUUCAGAGGAUUGUUCUUCAUGAGCAAGUUUCUAUUCUUCAUGCAUCAUCCAUGUCACAGGUAUUAGUAAGUGAGCUACUCCAAAUGUGGGGAGAGGAAGGUUUCUUCAAGCACACACAAGCAGUACAAGACUUUUACCUGAAGCAGAGAGAUGCGAUGAUAGAAGCUGCACAGAAACACUUAACAGGUCUGUGUGAAUGGGCAGUGCCUACUGGAGGAAUGUUUCUCUGGCUAAAGGUGCCAAAAGUACCAGACACGUGGGAUAUGAUUAUGGAGCGAGCUCUACAGAAGAAUGUUAUCCUCGUCCCAGGCAAAGCCUUCAUGUGUGAUCCAUCUUUACCUUGCAACUACAUGAGAGCUGCCUUUUCAGUUGUAACACCAGAAAUGAUGGACAGGGGACUUGAAUGUCUAGCAGAAUUGAUUCGUGAAGAAAUCGAUCUUCAAGAGACUUGUUCUGUUGACUGACCUAAAUUAUUUAUCUUUUUUAAAGGUAUUGAAAACAAUACUAUAUGAUAAUGCCUAGUCAUGCAAAAUCUACUGUUCAGUAAUAUCUCAAGCAAAAUGUGUAUAAUUUUUUGUUACUCCUUGAUUGUGCUGAUCAAGUUUAAAUUAAUGAAGCAUGAAACAAAAUCAUGUUCCAGCUUCAUUAAUUUAAAAUUUUUAUACCUGUAGUGUGUUAUUUCAUAACAUUUUUGAAUCUUUAAA